AUGUCCGAACCCACUGAGACAGGAGGCCUCCCAUUGGACUUGAAGACCCACCAGCAACAGCAACCUAAAGACAGCAUUAUUCAUCAACCAACACUACCCAGAGUCGAAUAUUGCACAACAUCACAGUCACCUAACAACUCAUCCAAGGGAACCAAGGCUACUAGCCCUCGCCGUCGUCCUGGAACCAUCAAACAAGCGCCAUCCGGCCCCCACACCGGCUCCUCCCGCUCUGAGCAACAGCCAGCCUUGAGCCCUACAGACAUGUCGUCUCACAACCCAUCAAUCCACUACACGCGGACUGGUCGUAUCAGCAAAGCAAAGAAAGGAUUGAAAGUACACAACUGCGAGAAUUGCGGAAGAUCUUACACCCGGGCCGAACACCUAAGACGGCACCAGAAGAACCAUGCUCAAGAAGACGCACUUGUCUGUCAGGUGUCAGGAUGUGGCAAGACCUUCUUCCGGAUUGAUCUUCUUCAUAGGCAUCAGGAACGACACAACGAACCUGGAAGAGACACUCCCCAGCAGAGUCCGGAGGGCUCACCAGAGCCAGCGUCUAUCGCUAUACCGGCCUCCAUACCCGCUCUCGCGUCACCCAUAAUGGAAGUGACGUCGAACCCCCCAACCACUUCCUAUUACCAGCCCGUAUCUCCCAUGCUGGAGACGGUGCCAUUCACAAGUCAACUCAAGCAUCCCCGUUCACAAUACAACCGAUCUUCUGCAGCUGUGCCCGUGCCCAUGGAUGUUAUGACACCGGGUCUAUGGCAUGAACCGUACAGUCCCACCCCCGGGUACUCCUCCUCAAGCGGGUAUGCAUCGCCGAUCGCAUCGACCGACUUCCCCACAUUUGGCAGCGCACCUUACCAUCGAGCGCGCACACCUUCGAACGCAUCUAUUAUCGACCCAUCAUGGUCAUACCAAUCACGGUCGCCAGCGUCUACCACCUCGACCAUGGCAUUCACAUGGGGUUCGAACGACAAAGGAUCGACUGCUUCAAACCUCGCCUACAUGAAUGCCUGUUCCUACCCAAUGACGACUAUGUCGAUUCCUACAAGUAUGGAUACAAUGGCUGGAUACGGACACUUUGGUCCACGGACAAUGAUUCAGAGAGACGAAGAGGAGAGGGUGAUUCUCUUUGGAGACGAACAAUAUGGUAUGGCUUCGAUCGCACACACCCAUCCAUUUGAGCAAUAUCUUGACUAUUACUGGAGGCUCUUUCAUCCCACUUUCCCCGUCGUCCAUCGAUCUACCUCUGUGAACCCGUCCCCGAUGCUGCGCGCAGCCAUGGUCGCCAUAGGCAGCCAGUACUCGAGCGAUUCCAGCGACAAGAAAAAGGGCCGAGACCUCCACGACCGAUGUUUGAAGUUGCUUGAACGGAGAGACCACGAAGCUUCGACGGAACCAGAUCGUUUAUGCGAUUUCCAGACGAUGUUUCUUAUCGAGAUACUAUCCCAGUACCGUGCCCGACGGGCUGCUAAGGUUUUGUCGUCGCGCUUUGACAAAGUGUAUCACAAGGCUAUUGAGAAUUGCAGGAGCAUGACUCCAAAGAUGGCGGAUCUGGUCGCAAGCCCUUCUCCGAACCAUUGGGCUCACUGGGUCGAGCUAGCCACCUGGCAACGCCUGCUGUUGUCUUGUUUCGUUCUUGAGUCACAGCAGCGUCUCCUACUCGCUCGUGAAUCUUUACCUUCCUUGAUCCACGAUUGUCAUUUGGACCUUCCGUUGCCGGCAGACAGUUCUCUUUGGGAUGCGACGACUUCGACCGAAUGGGCUACGGCUGCCCAACAGCAUCUUUAUACACCAUCAUACGUUGACGAAAUAACUCCCAGGUCUCUAACAGGCCCUCUUGAUACUUUCCAAUCAUUUGUCAUACUCGCCGUGCACUACAAUCGUAACGAAACCCCGGCACCAUACAUUUCCUCCUCGACAGCUUCGAACCUUGAAUCUCUUCUCGAUUCUGCGCCUGCCACUACACGGAUGCUUCUCGUAGCAAAACUGGUGCAAGUGACCCCUAUCCGUGCACUUGUAGCCGUUGCGAGCGAAUCAUGGAUCUUCUCGGAGAAGGUCGCAACCCCACAAGCCUUUGCUGCACUAAAGACUACGCUUCGCACAUGGGUCGCACAGCUAUGGUCUACCAGCGAGCCAGAAGGUGUACCGGUCAAGGAAGCACUAAAAUUAUCAAUCAAGAUUCUGCAACAAGCUGUCGAGGAGCAGCGAGAUUCUGUGCCAUUGGAGGUGGGUACAGAUAUGAGCAUCUUCUUUGCCGCUCUAGUUCUGUGGAUCAUCACUGUCGCAGCGAACACACGAACGAAAGGACUACACCAGAUAGCCAAACAGCAAAGCCGACGGCAGAGUCAUUCCGAAUCGUCACCGAUCUUCAAGUCAGCCUGGGUACCUACAACCCCUUCAGCACAAUCCAUAGGCCAUGCUUCAUCUUCAUCAGUUCGACACACAAUAGCACCUGCCAAUAGCCAGCCGCAAUCACCAAUCAUUGGAGCUACAGCGGAAAAUCCUCUUCUUUCGCAUGCGCAGAUCAUCAUCAACACCAUAAGUUUCCUCACCGAUACCCUAGCCCUCUCCGAUAACACUAUUUCCCUACGCCAGUCUCCCGCAGAUCAUGCACGUCGUCAAGCAGGCUGCGUAAGCCUACUUCUCUGGGUCAAACUCCGACUUCGUGGCGUCCCGCUUGAAGACCAGAGUGGAGCUGCCGAUACCUGGAUCAACAAGUCUAGCGACGGGCUUGGCGAGCUUCUCGAAGGUGUCGUGGGAUCCAUUGAACGCAUUCUAAAGAAAGGCUGGAGUGAUUGGGGAAUAUAA